AUGGCGCUACCCCUCCCUGACGUCAAGUCUGUCGUGGACUGUGCCUCCUUCAGCCACACUGUCCUACCCUUCUUGUCGCAAAUCACGGCGCUUCCCGAGCGACUGCAGCUGGCAGCCGCAGCCAAGGAUGUGAAUAUCCUCAAGGACAUCUACCUCUCCACCAAUCCCUUCAUCUCAGCCCUCUUCUUGAGUCUGGCUCUAUCAGUCCUGUUUGUCAUCGCUUCGGAGAUCAACAGGAACUACUCCCAGGUUGACCGGUUCUGGAGUAUCCUGCCGUCCAUCUACAAUGUGCACUUUGCUCUCUGGGCCCGCUUGUCGGGUCUUCAGACUCAGAGCUUGGAUACUAUCGCAGCCAUCACCUUGAUUUGGAGCGCCCGCUUGACGUUCAACUACUGGCGCCGUGGUGGCUACUCAAUUGGCUCGGAAGACUACCGCUGGCAGAUCGUACGCUCCAAGGUCAACAACCGUUUCGUCUUCUUCAUCUUCAACAUCCUCUUCAUCAGCCUGACGCAGUCCUUGCUGCUGCUCUUGAUUACGGCUCCGACCUACAACUUCCUCCUUCUCUCGCGCUUGUCGGACCACAAAUCCUUCGAGGUUCCGGACCUUGUCUUCUCCCGGGUGGCCUUCUUCUUCAUUAUUAUCGAGUACUUCGCCGAUCAGCAGCAAUGGAACUUCCAGACUGCCAAGCACAACUACCAGCAGACAGCCCGCAUCCCCGACCAGUACAAGGGCCGGUAUGAGCCUGAGGAUCUGGAGCGCGGCUUCGUCGUCAGUGGUCUCUGGUCCCUGUCUCGUCACCCGAACUUCCUCUGUGAGCAGGCCAUCUGGCUCACUCUGUACCUCUGGAACUGCUACCGCACCGAAUCCUACGUCCAGUGGACCGGCAUUGGUGUCUUGGGCCUUCUGCUCAUCUUCCAGGGUAGCGUUCGUCUCACCGAAUCGAUCAGCGCCGGCAAGUACCCUGAGUACAAGGAGUACCAGGCUCGCGUGGGACGCUUCAUUCCCCGUCUGUCGGUCAAGCCCAAGUACAAGAGCAGCAAGAAGAAGGCUCGCAAGGCUGUCACUGAGCAGCCCGAGGAGAGCGAGCAGACUACUCACGAGGCGGACAAGAAGAGCCAGUGA